AUGCAGCAGCAUGAAGAUGAUGAGAUGAAGGGGGAGAAGAUAACGUUGACUGAACACAGAAGGGACACUUCCAAUUUAUUGGAACUUUCGUACUCCAGUCACGUAGAACAUGGUUGGUCAAAGAAGAAUAGUUACUCAAAUGUGGCUUCAGUGAAAAAACUGAACAAUGAGGAGUUAUCCAAACAAUCAGGCACCAGAAAUAAUGUACCAAGCCUUGUGGCAAGGUUGAUGGGGAUAGACAUGAUGCCAUUAGACACUAAAUCUGUUGUAACAUUAAAUGAAAGCACAAGUGAAAACUUGGAGAGGAAGUUAUCAAAGAAGGGAAUGAAUGAAAGGGGUACGGUUACGGGUUCUUCCAACUUUAAUUCUUCUAGCCAGAAGGAAUUUGAUUCAUUUCAUCAGGACAUUGAUGAUGAUGGAUGGGAACAAAAUUUUGGAAAACCAAGGCCAAAGGAACAUCCUCAGGAAGAGGAACUCCAGAAAUUCAAGAAAGAAUUUGAGGCAUAUCAAGCCACAAUGUUUAAGGAGUGUUCUAAGGUUGUUGAAAUUGAAAGUGUUUCUAGGAGAAUGCUUGCUCAAGAGAACCGGAACAAGGGAAAGGUGCCCAAUAAUGCAAGUUCACAAAGAGAGGCAGCAGAGAAAUCUGCAGAACUUGAUAGCCACUCAUUUAAACCAAAGCUACCUAAUGAUGUUGUGAAUCUUGUGAUGGAGCCAAUCUCAACUAAGCAAAGAGAAUCCUUUCCUUCAAGGAGAAGAACACUAAGUAGAGACUUUAAGGAGUCUUCAAUGAUGAAAUCCAGAAGAAGAUUAGAUAUAUGUUCUUCUUCCACUCAGAUAGUUAUCUUGAAGCCUGGUCCUGAUAGGAUUUGCAAUUGCAACCUUAAAGAGGAUUGGAUUAGUUCAACAGGCACUUUACAAGGGAGAAAUAGUAUAGGAGAUUUUCUUGAGGAGGUGGGAGAGCGGUUGAAACGGGAACUACAAGGGAAAACUCUCAAAAAGGGUUCUGUGGUUCAAGCAAGUGGAAUUGAGACACUUCACAAUGAAAAACCAUCUGAUCCUACAGGAAUAGCUCAUCAUAUAGCAAAAGAGGUAAUAGAUGCUGAAGGAAAUUUACUCCGCUCGGAAUCAACAAGAUCACACAACAGUGAAAUUCAGUUCUAUGGAUCAAGCUCCCCACAAUUUUUCAAUAGAGAAACCAGGAGAUUCUUGUCAGAGAGGCUAAGAAAUAUUAAGAAAAGUGAAGCACAUUUUGACAUACCAGAAGCGACUUGUGGGAACUCAAGGCCAUAUAUGAUAGACAAUAAUAGAGUUAGACUAAAGCAAGAAGAGGAUACUACAAAUUGUGCAAAUGACAUGAGCCACUGGGAAAUUUUGAAAGUGAAAAAAGAAAUACAAACAGGUUCCUUCAGACACGAACCAGAUGACAAUGUAUUACUCCACAAGGAGUUGUCCCCUAGGAACCUUGUAAGAUCCUUGUCUGCUCCUGUAUCAGGAACAUCAUUUGGUAAUCUUCUUCUAGAGGACAGCCACAUUUUAACGGGUGUCCGAAUUCAGAGGAAGCUUGAAGCUGUUGAAACAAUGCCUGUCAAUGAGAACUUCACUGAGGUACCUCCUAGUCCUGUAUCUGUGUGCACCUGUGCUCAGGAAAGUCCAAUAUCAACUCCAGAUGUAUCUUCAACAGAGGGUAUUGCUAUGCCCAAGGUUUUUAGAGAUAUCAGCUCUGGUUUGAAUGAGCUAAGGAGGCAACUCAGUCAACUUGACUCUGAUUGCCCUGAGGAUUUGACAACGAAGCAAGAGCCUGUUGAGUCUGAAUUAGUUCAAAUGGAGGAUCCAGCAGAAUCUUACAUAAGAGAUCUGCUUGUUGCUUCUGGUCUGUACUUUGGUUCAUGGGAUAAAUCUUUACUAAUAGGGGACACACUUGCAAAGCCUAUUGGCAACUCAGUUUUUGAAGAAGUAGAAGAAUCCCAUAAGGAAUUGGUCAAGGAGAAUGAAAGAUCUAUAAAGGAUCCUUAUGAGAAUAAAUUGGAGCACAAGAUUUUACUUGAUUUGUUAAAUGAGGCACUUUCCAUUGUUCUUGGACCACCUUUGACAUUCUCUGCAUUCAGAAAUAAACUAAGCAACUCCUCCAUGCAGCCUCCACCAUGUGGAAAGGAACUACUGAAGUUAGUUUGGGACAUUAUCCAUGUUUCUUUAUAUCCUCCAUCUAACACAACUCCUUAUUCACUUGAUAGUUUGGUGGCACAAGAUUUGGGAUCCAUGUCCUGGUCUGGACCAAUAAAUGAUCAGAUCAAUAUAUUGCAAAGAGAGAUAGCAUAUUUGAUCAUUGGUGAUUUGGUUGAAGAAGUCGCGAAGGAUAUGCUCUUAGGUGUAGUGUGA